UACAUCCCCAAACCAACUGCUCCUUUCCAGCCAGAGAUUACACACACAUUUUCCACAAUUUUUUAUUUCAAAUUUUUAUCAUCAUGAGUCUUAGCCGCACCAAGAGGAUCAGCUCCAGCGCGUCGGUCCGCAGCAGCAGCGGGUCCAGGAGGGUUAGUGGCUACGGCCCGGGCGGUUUUAGUGGGGUUUCUCUAAGCUCCAGCUCCCUUUACGCUAAUGGGCACCAAGGCCUGAGCCCCCCGCUGGCCACACUGUCCGUGAACAAGAGUCUGCUGGCCCCGCUCAACCUGGAGAUCGACCCCAGCCUGUCCAUGAGCCGUGCGCACGAGAAGGAGCAGAUCAAGAGCCUCAACAACCGAUUUGCGUCGUUCAUUGAUAAGGUGCGGUUCCUGGAGCAGCAGAACAAGAUGCUGGAGACUAAGCUGGAGCUGCUGCAGGGUCAGGGGGUGAGCCGAUCCAACGUGGAGCCCCUGUUUGAGGCGUACAUGGCCGGUCUCAGGCGCCAGAUGGACCUGGUCAACAACGACAAGACCAAGCUGGACGGAGAGCUCAGGAACAUGCAGGGGCUGGUGGAGGACUACAAGCACAAAUAUGAGGAUGAGAUCAACAAAAGGAACAACCUGGAGAAUGACUUUGUGAUACUAAAGAAGGAUGUGGACUCUGCUUACCUGGUGAAGGCCGACCUGGAGGACAAAGUGGGAGCUCUGACUGACGAGAUCAACUUCCUGCGCAGUGUCUAUGAGGAGGAGUUGCGUGAGCUGCAGGCCAGUAUCAAGGACACGUCUGUGGUGGUGCAGAUGGACAACAGACGCAGCCUCAACAUGGAGCAGAUCGUGGCCGAUGUCAAAGCCCAGUAUGAGGACAUCGCUGCCCGAAGCAGAGAGGAGGCAGAGGCCUGGUACAAGAGCAAGUUUGACCAGAUGUCAGUGCAGGCCAGUCAGUUUGGAGACGAGCUGAGGAUGGUUAAAGGAGAGCUGGCCGAGGUGAACCGCCUCAUCAGCCGCCUGCAGAGUGAGAUCGAGGCCGUCAAAGCACAGAGGAGCAAUCUGGAGAACCAGCUGGCUGAGGCGGAGGAGAGAGGAGAGCUGGCAGUGAAAGAGGCCAAAGCCCGCACCAGAGACCUGGAGGACGCACUGCAGAGGGCCAAGCAAGACAUGGCCCGCCAGCUCCGGGAGUACCAGGACCUGAUGAAUCUGAAGUUGGCUCUGGAUAUUGAGAUCGCCACCUACAGGAAGCUCCUGGAAGGAGAGGAGGACAGACUGGGCCAACAGUCCAUCCUCAACAUCCAUUCUGUCUCCAGCUACAGUCCCACUAAAAGCUCUAAUGGCUUCAGCAGUCAGAGCAGCUCACCUCUGCCCAAGCUGCUCAUAAAGACCACAGAGACCAGGGACAACAGCCGAUUCAGCUUCCAUUGAGAUUUUAUCAAUGACUAAUGCUUUUAUAAGGUCUAAAGAAACGUCCAAAUGUGAAACUGAGAAUCACUUUAUAAUUACCACAACUUAAUUAACCUUAAUAAAGCAAAGAAAGACUUCAUCCAUAACACAUAGUUUAUUAAGACUAAUUUAGGCUUAGUUACUACUUAAUUAUGGGGUUAAUUAACAUAAAAGCCUUUCUUGUUGUUGUUUCUUUUGCACUGAAAAGCAUGCUUGCUUUGUUACUGUGAGGGGGCUUGCAUAUCCAUAAACCUGACUCUUAUUUGGCCUGUUGUUUCCAUGGAAAUGUUGUUCCUUUAGCUAUAAUCUUCCACAGAAUGGCAUCAAAUGUGUCUAUGUCAAUGGAGAAUGUACCAAAGUGUAUUGGUUUUCUAUUUCCAUGGAAUCAGGCAGGUGACGUGCCAUCUAUAGAAAGUUACAUAUUGGAGCUUUAAGUAGUUACUAAGCCUGAGACUUUCUUUAUAAACUAUUUGUUCAAUACUUUUUAAGUCUUUGUUAAUGCAACUAAAGACUAUUGCAAGUGUUGACUUACACUCCACCAUAAAAGUUACAUAGUGCAGCAUAACGUUAAGACAUUACCAUAAGAAGAAAAUAUGAAAAUAAACACAUACAUUAGGCGUAGUAGUAGCUAAAAAUUGUAAGCAUGACACGCCUGCAUUUACUUUGGCGUAUGACAGUAC